AUGCAUUUUUUUCUCUUUUUUGGCUUUUUGCGGGCAGCCUACGCACUCAUCUCCUGUCCACAGACUCUGGCCUGCAUCGACGUACUACCACGCACCCCACCCUCUGGCGCUGGUAGUAACGAUAGCCGUAGUUGUCGCCUCACUCUGGCCGCUUCAACCGGUCGUCAGCCUCCCACGCUAACUGGCUCUCACCGCCCCCCUCUCUCGGUCAGCCUGCCAUCGUGGCGAUCAUCGCCGUCGCCGUCGCCGUCGCCGUCGCCGUCG